AGCUCCAAAAUUUGGUAUCCAGGCCCCGAACUUUUUGGGCCCAAGUCAACAGAAGAAGCUUGGACGACCCCUCUAACGGAGCGAAAGUUUGGUGAUUUGUGAAAGCGGACCUGUCACAUUCUUGAUAGCUUUUUCUUCCAAGCUACUUACAUUCUUUCACAUAUACAAUAGAAAGUUGUCUGCAGUUCACCCCGGAAAUCCUCUCAAGAUGCAGGCCCCCGUUGUGGUUAUGAACACCCAAAGCGGUGAGAGGCAGACUGGCCGCAAGGCUCAGCUGUCCAACAUUGCUGCCGCAAAGACAGUCGCCGAUAUCAUUCGAUCGUGUCUGGGCCCCAAGGCCAUGCUGAAGAUGUUGCUGGAUCCCAUGGGCGGUAUCGUGCUUACCAACGACGGCCACGCCAUCCUCCGAGAGAUCGAGGUGUCACAUCCCGCCGCAAAGAGCAUGAUCGAGCUCAGCCGGACCCAAGAUGAGGAAGUCGGUGACGGCACAACUACCGUCAUUAUUCUGGCUGGUGAGAUCCUGGCGCAGGCCCUUCCGCAGCUCGAGCGAAACAUCCACCCCGUCGUCAUCAUUUCAGCCUUCAAGCGGGCGCUGAAGGAUGCCCUGGAGAUCAUCGACGAGAUCUCCAUGCCCGUCGACAUCGCCAACGACGAGGCCAUGAACAGCCUGAUCUCUUCCUCUAUCGGUACCAAGUUCGUCUCGAGAUGGACGGACUUGAUGUGCCAACUGGCACUUACUGCUGUGCGAACCGUCACAUUCGACCAGGGUGGAAAGCGUGAGGUCGACGUCAAGCGAUAUGCCCGUAUUGAGAAGGUCCCCGGUGGUGAGAUCGAAGACAGCAGAGUUUUGGACGGAGUCAUGCUGAACAAGGACAUCACACACCCCAAGAUGCGACGGAGAAUCGAGAACCCUCGAAUUGUGCUGCUCGACUGCACUCUGGAGUACAAGAAGGGAGAGUCGCAAACGAACAUUGAGAUUUCAAAAGAGGAGGACUGGAACCGCAUCUUGCAGAUUGAGGAGGAGCAAGUCAAGGCCAUGUGCGAUUCAAUUCUUGCUCUUAACCCCGAUCUCGUCAUUACAGAGAAGGGUGUGUCUGAUUUAGCACAACAUUACUUCAUGAAGGCAAACGUUACCGCCCUGCGUAGAGUCAGAAAAUCGGACACCAACAGAAUAGCCCGAGCUACGGGUGCGACCAUUGUCAACCGGGUGGACGAUCUCCAGGAAUCGGACGUCGGAACUCAGUGUGGUCUGUUCGAGAUUGAGAAGAUCGGCGACGAAUACUUCACCUUCUUGACGCAAUGCAAGACCCCCAAGGCUUGCACAAUUCUCCUCAGGGGUCCCUCCAAGGAUAUUCUCAACGAGAUCGAGCGCAACCUCCAAGACGCCAUGGGUGUGGCGCGAAACGUCAUGUUCCACCCCAGACUGUCGCCCGGUGGAGGUGCUACCGAGAUGGCCGUCUCCGUCAGGUUAAAUCAGUUGGCAAAGAGCAUUGACGGUGUCGAGCAGUGGCCAUACAAGGCUGUGGCCGAUGCUAUGGAGGUCAUCCCCAGAACCCUGGUCCAGAACGCAGGUGCCAGCCCGGUACGAGUCCUUACAGAGCUGAGGGCAAAGCAGAGCGAGGGCAAGAGCUCUUGGGGUAUCAACGGCGACACUGGUGGCUUGGCCGACAUGAAGGACUACGCCAUCUGGGAGCCCGAGGCUAUCAAGCUGCAGAGUCUGAAGACAGCUAUUGAGGCCGCAUGUCUCUUGCUGAGAGUAGACGACAUUUGUAGUGCCAAGAAGGCCUCGCAACCAGGUGUCGGUACCAGUGGAGGAGACGACUAAACGAUGUGCAUGAUGGAAUUGGAAGGAGGUCACGAGACAUAAUGAAAGAAAAAGAAAAGGAAAAUCAUACCCCUUUUGUACCAACAGCUGGCCAAAACGUUUCAUGAUGAGAUAGACGAAUUAGACGGCCCUGUUGCCAUCAAUAGUGCAAAAAGCACAUGCGCUUCUGGUAUCUUGAUUUUCAAAGUACAGAUGAUCUCUGUGA